CAGAAUGACCCAGGCUACUUUUUAAACAUUUCUGGACUAUUUCCUGAAUGAGGUGAAUCAGAAUCUCUGGGUAUGAAACCGAGUUCCCCUCCCGAGUUUAUGAUGAACCUCUCUAUCCAAAACUGUAUUCCAUUCCCUUCCUUGUCCUGCCUCUGUUCCCCUCAGGAUUGAGGAGAAUCAAAGAAGAGGGGGGAUUGAAACGGAGCAGGACCCUGUGGGGCCCUCCCAGGUACUAAAGCCCCUCCCUUUCCCCCCGUUUCUUGUUGGUAACAAAAAAAAGGCUUUAGUCUCCUAGGCCUUCCGUGAGUUCCAGAGAGCAGGCAAAGCAGUUGCUAAUUAGGGAAAUGAGAGAAUACAGAAACAAAGAAAAAGCAGCUAAGCAAGAAAAGUAAUGACAAUAGUUCAGCAAUAAAACAGAGUCCUAGCUCCUCCUCAAGGGAUACGACUAACCAGAUUAAGAUUCCUGGGCUUCCCUGGUGGCUCCGCCUGCCAUUGCAGGGGACACGGGUUCGAGCCCUGGUCCAGGAAGAUCCCACAUGCUAUGGAGCAACUAAGCCCAUGCUCCACAACUACUGAGCCUGUGCUCUAGAGCCCUCGAGCCACAACUACUGAGCCUGUGCGCCACAGCUACUGAAGCCCGCCUGCCUAGAACACAUGCUUCGUAACAAGUGAAGCCACCGCAAUGAGAAGCCCGCACACCACAACGAAGAGUAGACCCUGCUCGCCGCAACUAGAGAAAGUCUGCGCAGAGCAACAAAGACCCAGUGCAGCCAAAAAUAAAUUUUUUAAAAAAAAGGACAUUGUAAAGCUAUACACAAGAUUUCUUUCUCCAGAAGAAAAAUGGCAUCUGUUGCAGUUGAACCACAGCCGAGUGUGGUGACAAGGGUGGCCAACCUACCCUUGGUGAGCUCCACAUAUGACCUCGUUGCCUCGGCUUACAUCAAUACGAAGGAUCAGUAUCCCUACUUGAAGUCUGUGUGUGAGAUGGCAGAGAAGGGCGUGAAGACCAUCACCUCGGUGGCCGUGACGAGUGCUCUGCCAAUCAUCCAAAAGCUAGAGCCACAAAUUGCCGUUGCCAAUACCUAUGCCUGUAAGGGGCUAGACAGGAUUGAGGAGAAACUGCCUAUUCUGAAUCAGCCGACAAACCAGGUUGUGGCCAAUGCCAAAGGAGCUAUGACUGGGGCAAAAGAUGCUGUGACGACUACUAUGACUGGGGCCAAGGAUUCUGUGGCCAACACAAUCACUGGGGUGGUGGACAAGACCAAAGGAACAGUGACUGGCAGUGUGGAGAAGACCAAGUCCGUGGUCAGUGGCGGCAUUAACAUAGUCCUAGGAAGUCGGAUGAUGCAGCUGGUGAGCAGUGGAGUAGAAAAUGCACUCACCAAAUCAGAGCUGCUGGUAGACCAGUACCUCCCUCUCACCAAGGAUGAACUAGAAAAAGAAGCCAAAAAAGUGGAAGGAUUUGAUCCUGUUCAGAAGCCAAGUUAUUAUAUCAGACUGGGAUCCCUGUCCACCAAGCUCCGCUCAUGGGCCUACCAGCAGGCCCUCAGCAGGGUGAAAGAAGCUAAGCAGAAAAGCCAAGAGACCAUUUCUCAGCUCCAUGCCACUGUCAACCUGAUUGAAUUUGCCAGGAAGAAUGUGCAUAAUGCCAACCAGAAAAUUCAGGGUGCUCAGGAUAAGCUCUAUCUGUCCUGGCUGGAGUGGAAGAGAAGCAUCGGCUAUGAUGAUACAGAUGAGUCCCACUGUGCUGAGCACAUAGAGUCACGUACUCUUGCUAUUGCCCGAAACCUGACUCAGCAGCUCCAGACCACAUGCCACACCCUCCUGUCCAACAUCCAAGGGUUACCACAGAACAUCCAAGAUCAGGCCAACCACUUGGGGGUGAUGGCUGGUGACAUCUACUCAGUGUUUCGCAACGUUGCCUCCUUUAAGGAAGUGUCUGACGGCCUCCUCACUUCCAGCAAGGGGCAGCUGCAGAAAAUGAAGGAGUCUUUAGAUGAUGUGAUGGAUUAUCUUGUUAACAACACACCCCUCAACUGGCUGGUAGGUCCCUUUUAUCCUCAGGUGGCUGAGUCUCAGCGUGCUCAGGCCCAAGGUACAGCCAGGAGGCCCGGCAGCCUGAGCGCAACACACAUUACACCUGUCCCUGUCAGCAAUGCACAGGGCAGCGAGCCAGAUGAACCCUCCUCUUACGUUGAAACCUGCUAGACAACUCUGAAGUGGGGAAGCAGCUAUCGAGAAAAAAAGGUCCUCUAUUGUAGUCAUUGCCAACUGGAUUAAGAGCUUUAAAGUUUCUACUUUAACGGAUGAGUUCUGUUGUUUACUUGGCUGGAAAGAAAAGAAUGAUAGACUGUUCAGAGCCUGUCCAGAACUCACAAAAUGUCCCAGUGCAUUUAUGGCCUCAUUCUGUUGCCACUGUUGCUGUCUGUUUGUAUUGAAUAAAAACACCUUCAUGUGGGCUGUUGUAUGAACUGGUGUCUGCUCUGGUUUGCUCUGAGCAGGCCUCGGCACUGGUUUGUCUCACAAUGCAUGCUUGUGCACCCUGAGUUUUUUAUUUUUCAUAAAGGAAUGCCCCCUUUGAAUUCAAUAAAAUUCACUGCAGAAUAGA